CACACAGAAACCUCAGUGUGCACUGCUGCUGAAUGGCGUGUGGACGUGAUUCACGAGCUGAACGAGCUACGCACCACAUGUGCGGAAGAGCAUACAAUCUACCUUGAUGCCCCGGCCGAGGCGUGUACUGCGGCCAACGCUGGCCAGCUGGCUCUCUCGGCCACAGGCCACGUCGUCGUUUGCGUUGGUGAGGCUUGGACUGCUGUUGGCAGCGAUGAAAGCCCGUAUCCUUCGUGCCGUGCUAUCAAAGAUGCUUUUUCCCACGCCCCCGACGGCGACUAUACCGUCGUCUGCAAUGAGGUAUCCCCACGAGUCUGCUGCGACAUGACCACUGAAGUGCACCUUUUGGCAUAGGGGGUGGCUGGGAGUGGAUGGCCACCAAGGUGACCACCGACUUUGACGCACUUGGUGCUGCUCAAGCGCGUCAAAUCAGCCUUGAUGCUGACGCUGCAGGAGAGAUUCCGCGUGAUCUCCCUUGGACGCAAGUCCUGUUUCGCUUCAAGUCCAGCCAGCUGGCCAGCACAUGCACCGUGUAAUAUCGUCGGGCGCGGCAGCGGGCGCCUCGCGGACCAUGUACCAUACGGGCUCUGCAGACUUGACAUGCCACAGGUCAAGCCAGGGGUUGGAGCCGUUGUGCCACUCGGAUAUGCCCAGAUUUCCAACUUUACACCAAAAGCCGUCGCCGCAGAUGGCCUCUACGCCAUUGAGAUUGAAAAUCAGAUUCGAACCGUAUACUGCGACAUGACCACCGCUGGUGGAGGCUGGACGGUGUUUGCGACAAAGAAGACGCCAUCCUUUCCUGUCUUCAGCAGCUUAAUGAGUGGUCUUCAGCUUGCUUCCGCCAUCAACGAUGACAGUGCAGGUCAUAUUCCAGCCCAAGCCCAGGUGCUCGAAAUUCUUUUCAAAUUUGCUGACAGCCCCGAUUACGUCAUUUAUACUCGCACGCAACGGGAUAGCGAUCUCGACAGCUUCUUUCGCGGCACUACCCUCACCGUGUCGGGUGGAGCCAACGGCAACUGGCAUCGGGUGGUCUCGAAUGUCCGCUCACCAACCACGGGCAAGGUGGCGGCUUCUGGUGUCAUGCUGGCAGUGGUUCGCAUACAUUUGUAUCGCGCCAACGGCAUCUCCGAGGAGCACUCGGGUACGGAUCGGUGGAUCGAUCUGUGGUCGGGUCCCGACGGCUCCAACAAAUACAUCUCAGCCGACUCAAAUGCUGCGCUUGGGACCAAAUGCAUUGCUGGCAUUUGCCUUGAGCACGAGCCCGUGUGGAUGAUGUAUCGCACGCGCCUUGAUGCCCGAAAAGUGUUGCAGGCCGACCAACGGCCCGCACGGCAGUUGGUUUUGUUCAAGUUUGCCACGGUUCCCGACGUGUACACGGUCUACUCGCGCCGCGAGUCGGAUUCGACAGGCUUUAGUAACUCUCUGAUGGGGAUCUACACAACGGAAGCGUCGGCGACUGUGUCGGACUUGCAUGCGGUCCGACAUGGAACGCGCAUUCCCCGCGGAGGCCCGGCGGCUGCCACCUCGGCAAUCAGCUUGCACUUUGUGUGCACGCCACAGACGAUCUCGUCCCGCAACAGCGGCGGUCGAUGUGGUGCGCCGGACAAGCAAGCAGGCAACUCUCUGCAACUAGUAGUUAAAGUUACCGCCUUUUCCCACCCGUGGUGGAACCUGUACCACAAGCUGAUCGAUUGA